AUGACUACAUUCAGCGAGCCGCCCCAGGCUGUCGUCAAUCUCACAUCGACCGUCCUCUCCAAUCUCGAGGACCAGCAUGACUGGAGCCAUCUCGAGAUCAGCAACGCGCGCAGCGGACGGCCACUGAUCAGCGGCCUCCCCCCACGACGCCUGUACACGCACCCGGACGAUCAGAUUGCGGCUCUGGAGCACGAACACAAGACGGGCGAGCGCAUCUUCCAGGAUCCGGAGACGGAAUGGGUACUGGCCGUGCAUCUGGCCGAGAAAUGGACGCUGGCCGACUUUGCGUCUGUCUUUGAUUCCAUCGAGCAUACCGGGCCGCGAGCCAAGAGGAUCAUUCUCGCGACGGUGCACAAUGACUCUACGAUUGUGUACUAUCUAAUGCACGAGGGCAUGGUCAAGCCCCGACAGAACUAA